CAAUUUCUCUUUUUCUCUUCUUCGCUCUUUGUUAUCUUCUCCAGUUCUCCUUCCCCGACUUCGUAUUUUCUUUCAUCACUGACGAACAGACAGUCAGACACACGGCUUAAUACGCAGAAAAUUAGGAAGGAAAUCCGUCUAAAACUUCACUCCGUAUAAUCUAGUCGAACAUGAGCCGAAUUCUUGAUAUACAUCACUGUCGGCCGACUUAUUCGUUGAUUUUCUUCACAUGUAAAUCACAGGGUUCCAAUGGAAAUUACCUUACAUUCAACAAGAAAGGCGCGGCUAAAUCUUCGUUACGAGCAAAUAUUUCAGAGGUGCGAUUGAAUCAUAUAAUUGAUAGAUGUGCACACAAGGUCGAAGAAGAUGAUGGAAACGCACUCAAUGCACUUCCACACGUGAAACGUCUUAGCGAACUUCAAAAAGACGAUCUUUUGGGGAAAAUUGCCAUGGUUAGGUUUGAUUCCAACAUCUUACUCGAAGAAAAUCAGAACCAGAAUUCCAAAACAUUCAUAUCGGCUCUUUCAACCAUCAAACACUUGCAUGAAGCUGGUGCGAAAGUGAUUCUAAUCAGCAGCUGUUACAUCAUGAGUAUGAAUCAACUAUAUUGGAAGAAAAUCAACAAACUCAUAAACCAAUCGCAUAAAACUCUUUCAUCAACUGUUGGUGUCACUUCUUUCUGCUAUGCCUCUAUCGCUGGUUUCCAAUUUGAAGAAGGUUUAUCACAACUCAAAAAAGCAUUUGAUUCAAAAGAGAAUCCAUAUAUAGCCAUGGUUGGAGGAGGCAACCUUAUAGAAAAAGCAGCUGCCAUAAACUAUUUAGUUUCUUCAUCUGAUGGAUUAAUAUUUGUUGGAAAUAUCGCAUUUCAAAUAAUGCAUGCUCUUGGAUUUUCAGUACCUAAUAAAUAUAUAGAGUUUGGAGCAUUUAAAGAAGCUAUUAAAAUAAUAAAAUCUGCAAACUCUAGAAACAUUCCCAUUUUCUUUCCUAAAGAUCUUUGGUGUAUGAACGAUCAUUUUAAAAACCCAAAGCUUGUUUCCACUCAUUGCAUUCCUGAAGGUUGGACACCUUUUGGUCUUGGCCCAACUUCAUUGGAAGAAAUAACAACAUUGCUUUCAAAGUCAAAGAAAAUUGUGUGGAUUGGUCCAGUUAAGUUUGGAUUAUCAAAUCAAGAUAAUUAUGGAACCUCAAUAUUGGCAAAAGUAAUAGGAAAAUUAAGUCAAGAAAAUUGCGAUGUUACAGUUAUUGGAAAUAUUGCAUGUAAAGCUUUAAUGGAGGAAUCAAUUGUUUCUUCAAAUUUCAAUAUUAUUGAAAAUGCUUCGGUUGUAUGGGAGUUUCUUAAAGGAAGAAAGCUUCCUGGACUUAUGGCGUUAGAUAGAGGAUACCCUUAUACAAUUGAUUGGCACACAGUUUAUGCUGAUCCGGAUCGACCUUUGUUUGUUGAUAUUGGAAGUGGUAAUGGAAUGUUUCUCUUUGGAAUGGCGAGAAAAACGAAGGAUAUGAAUUUUCUUGGAUUAGAAAUGAAUGGGAAGCUUGUAAAGCGUUGCUUGGAAACUUGCCAUGUGUCUGGUUUAAAAAACGGAUACUUCGUUGAAACAAAUGCAACAUCGACAUUUGGAUCUAUUGUUUCUUGUUAUCCUGGAAAACUCGUUUUUGCAUCAAUACAGUGUCCAAACCCUGACUUCAAUAGACCAGAACAUAGGUGGAAAAUGGUUCAGAGAUCACUCAUUGAAGCCAUACUCCAUCUGCUUUCCUAUAAUGGAAAGGUGUUUCUUCAAUCUGAUAUAGAAGGUGUUGCAUUGAGGGUGAAAGAAGAGUUUUUGAAAUAUGGAAAUGGGAAGUUUAUAAUUGAUCAUCAAGAAAAAUGGUUGAAAGAAAACCCGUUUGGGGUUGAGUCGGAUUGGGAAAAACAUGUUUUGGAUAAUGGGGCUCCGAUUGGCUCAACCAUCGUCUUCGUCGAGUUGCUAGGGUUUGCAACGGCGAGGAGGGGUUGCGAAGGUGGUGUCAGAAGCGAGAAGGUUUUAUGGAUCCGGGAAUGGUCUUUGAAGACGAAGAUCAGAAAUGCAUCAAAACCCCCAAGGGUUUUCAACGUUAGCUUCACCGGAGCAACCAUCGUCUUCGUCAUAACAACAGAUGUGGAUCAAUGA